GGGAAAUUACUAUAAAUUUGGCGAACAACGGAAAAAGGAAAGAACUUUGAUCUAGAAUUCGGAGAAUCUCCGCAUAGGUCUACCCUCUCCCUCCUCCACAUCGCCACAAAAACCGGAAAAUCAAGAACCCUAGUUUCUCAUUAUUGCGACGAUUCAUAUUUUUCUGCAAGCUCUUGUGAUUGAACUCAACUUCAGAAUCCCUACUCGCGUUUUCGGGCUCGGAAUCUGAUCCGGGAAGAGACCUUUGUAGGAGAACGAGCUCCAGAUCAGGACACGGUGUUGUCUUGAAGCUUUGUUGAACUUUAUGCAAUAAAUUGACAAGAUUUAAGGAUUUGGUUUUAGGGUUUUUGGUGGGUUAGCAAUGGAUGACCUUGAGAAGGCGAUACUGAUUAGUUUCGAUGAAUCGGGUGUUGUUGAUUCGGCGUUAAAGUCCCAUGCGGUUGCUUAUUGUCAGCAAAUCAAGGACACUCCGUCUAUAUGUCGUAUAUGUAUUGAGAAGCUCUGGUUCUGUAACCUUGUUCAAGUUCAGUUCUGGUCCUUGCAGACUCUGCAGGAUGUUAUAAGGGUCAAGUAUGGAUCCAUUAGCUCCGACGAGAAGAGUUAUGUAAGAAAAUCAACGUUUUCGAUGGCGUGUCUGGAGCUGGUUGGUAAUGAGAGUGCUGUUAGAGUUGGGGAAGGACCGGCAUUCAUAAAAAACAAGCUUGCUCAGGUUUUGGUUACUUUGAUCUGUUUAGAGUACCCUUUGGUUUGGUCGUCUGUGUUUCUUGAUUUUCUGCCUCAUUUGAGCAAAGGGGCAGUUGUGAUCGACAUGUUUUGUCGGAUUUUGAAUGCUUUGGAUAAUGAGUUGAUUAGCUUGGAUUGUCCUCGGACCCCUGAAGAUAUGUCUGUGGCUACCCGUGUCAAGGAUGCAAUGAGGCAGCAAUGUAUACCUCAGAUUGCUAGAGCAUGGUAUGACAUUGUCUCGUUGUACAGGAGUUCAGAUCCCGACCUCUCUUCCACCGUGUUAGAUUGCACGAGAAGAUUUGUCUCUUGGAUUGAUAUUGGAUUGAUCGCAAAUGAUGCAUUUAUCCCAUUACUGUUUGACUUAGUUUUGUCAGAUGGAUUGUCUGAUCAGCUCCGGAGUGCAGCAGCUGGGUGUAUAUUGGCCAUGGUUUCUAAGGGAAUGGAUCGACAAUCAAAACUCCCCCUUUUACAGACUCUACAAAUAAACUGUGUUUUUGGGUUAGUGUCUGAGGAUGUUGAUUCAGAGUUGGUAUCAAAAGUUUCGGCUCUGCUGACUGGAUAUGCCGUCGAGGUUUUAGAAUGCCACAAAAGAUUGAACUCGGAGGAUACCAAGGCGAUUUCCAUGGAGUUGCUGAAUGAAGUCCUGCCAUCUGUUUUUUAUGUAAUGCAGAACUGUGAAGUGGAUGCUACUUUUAGCACUGUUCAGUUUCUCCUGGGUUAUGUUUCCACUCUCAAAGGCCUUCCUGCUUUAAAGGAGAAGCAACUGCUCCACAUUACUCAGAUUCUUGAAGUGAUUAGAACCCAAAUUUGUUAUGAUCCCAUGUAUCGGAAUAACCUUGAUGCACCGGAUAAAAUCGGAUUGGAAAAGGAAGAUUCAAUGUCCGAGUUUAGAAAAGAUUUGUUUGUCUUAUUGCGUACAGUGGGCCGUGUUGCUCCUGAUAUUACUCAGCAUUUUAUCCGAAAUGCACUAGUAAGUGCUGUUAAAUCUUGUUCCGAGAGAAAUGUCGAAGAAGUGGAAGCUGCCCUUUCACUUCUUUAUUCACUCGGAGAAUCUAUGACCGAUGAGGCACUGAAAACUGGUUCUGGAUGUUUGGGUGAAUUAAUUUUAAUGCUCUUGUCUACACGGUUACCCGGCCAUUCUCACAGGCUAGUUGCACUUGUUUACUUGGAAAACUUAACAAGAUACAUGAAGUUUAUUCAAGAAAACACCCAAUACAUUCCCAUGGUUCUUGGGGCUUUCCUUGAUGAAAGAGGUUUGCACCAUCAGAACAUCCAUGUGAGUAGUAGAGCUAGUUAUUUGUUCAUGAGAGUUGCGAAACUAUUGAAAUCGAAACUCGUCCCAUUCAUUGACAUGAUACUGCAGAGUCUCCAAGAUAGAGUUGCCCAGCUGACGAGCAUGAAUUUUGCAUCAAGAGAACUUUCAGGAACUGAAGAUAACAAUCACAUUUUUGAGGCGAUUGGUUUACUCAUCGGGUUGGAGGAUGUGCCAUCUGAAAAGCAGUCAGAUUACCUGUCUUGUCUGCUCACCCCUCUCUGUCAGCAGAUUGGGUCAUCGCUAAUGCAGGCAAAAGUGGCGAGUCCCGAAGACUUCCCCAUGAAAAUCGCUAAUGUCCAGUCUGCGGUGGUAGCUAUAAAUGCUCUCAGCAAGGGAUUCAGCGAGCGUCUUGUGACUGCAAGUCGUCCUAGAAUCGGUUUUAUGUUCAAGCAGACGUUAGACAUGCUCCUAAGGAUUGUAAUUGAGUUUCCAAAAGUCGAGACCCUGAAAAGUAAGGUCACAUCUUUCAUGCACCGAAUGGUCGACACCCUUGGAGCUUCUGUGUUCCCUUACCUUCCCAUGGCUUUGGAACAGCUACUUGCUGAAAGAGAGCCAAAAGAAAUGGUUGAUUUCCUACUAUUACUCAAUCAGCUUAUCUGCAAGUUCAACACCUCUCUUCAUUAUAUACUUGAAGAAAUGUAUCCUGCCAUUGCUGGUAGGAUAUUUAACAUUAUUCCAAGAGAUGGGUUUCAAUCGAAUCCUGGGACCCCACCACAGGAAACUCAGGAAUUGAUGGAACUUCAGAGGACGCUGUACACAUUUCUUCAUGUGAUAACCACACACGACCUCUCCUCGGUUUUCUUAACGCCCAAGAGUAGGGGAUACCUAGAACCGAUGAUGCAGCUGCUUUUGUACAGUUCUUGUUAUCACAAGGAUAUACUUGUAAGAAAGGCAUGUGUGCAAAUAUUUACGAGGCUAAUCAAAGACUGGUGCUCAAACCCUAAUAUCGAGGAGAAGGUUCCGGGUUUUCAGAAAUUCAUGAUUGAAGCUUUUGCUACAAACUGCUGUCUGCACAGUGUGCUAGAUAAAUCCUUUGAGUUCAGUGAUGCAAAUACUCACAUUUUGCUCGGAGAAAUCGUCACAGCUCAGAAGGUGAUGUAUGAGAAAUUUGGUAAUGCAUUUCUCAUGCAUCUUACAGCUAAAAGCCUUCCAUCAGCAUACUGUCCACAUGAUUUAGUAGAACAGUAUUGCCAAAAAUUGCAGGGCAGCGAUGUAAAGACCCUGAAAUCGUUCUACCAGUCCCUUAUAGAAAACCUACGUCUUCAACAAAACGGAAGUACCGUUUUCAGAUAGCAUCCGAAAUAUAUACUGAUACAUACAUAGGAGUGUCAUCUGAGAUUUUUCCAAGUGUAGAUACCGUUUUUUUGUGUAUUUCUUCUUCAGAGGCACCAAGCUGUAUAUUUGACCAGUGCACAUUCAAAAUCAGGGUUCUUUCUAGGGUUCUUGGCCAUCUCCAUGCCUGAAAUCCAUAGUCUCUUCACCUCUCAAACUUUGAUUGCAGCCAAGCAGUUUUUUUUUUGUCGAAAGGUCUGAAAUGUUUUUUUUUCUUGUUCUCUUUCGUUCAUGAAGAGUAGUUACUAGCGAACAAGAGGAGAGACCAAGAUUUUGUCCGAACUUUUUCUUGAUUUUUUUUAUAGAUAUUGAGUUAUGUUUAUAUUAGAAACUCUGCAUCUUUAUUUU